GUAAGACAUGACCUCACCCUCAUGCUCCAAAACUUGAAGCUGAUGACUACUACUACACUAGUAGUAAACUACAGGCUGUACAGCAACUGGGUGGGUACAGUAUGUACCUAGUCUUGGUACCUCGAUAACCCACAGCUCAGCUAUCAAUCCCACCUAUCUAAAGUUCCCUCUUCUUCGUAUACAUCCAUGAAAUACGUAAGGUCAAUUGAAGUUCCGUUUACCUCACAUACAUGUACAUCGCAAUAUUGUCUCCAUUGUUCAUCGACGCCAAGUAUCUUGAGACUACGAACGCUAUCUACCUAGUAGUAGAAUACAAUAAUAUCUAAAUAACGCCACUCCUCAUAGUCGAACCUUACAGCAUACUCAGUUCAUCGGCGCCUUCAUUCGUUCACGCACAGUACCCCCUCCCCCGCCCCCCGUCGUCAUCGCCGUUAUAUCACAGACGCACAUCGCAAUAGUCCAUAAUCAAAUGUGUUCUGGCUUACUAGAGAACCGUCGUCUUUGAUAUCUUACUUUUAAACUUAUCUUUGUUCGGCGCGUUACUUUAGACGCAGAACUGAUUCACUAUGUGGAACGAUGAAGAAGACAAUAACCCUUAUGGGACAAGCUUCGACCGUCGCGACUCUAUCACUUCAUCUUCUGCAAACCCUACUUCCCCAGGCUCUCAUGACUACCAACAUCGCUUCGAGACACCCAACACUCCAUCCUCUACUAGCGAAGAUGCGCCACCGCUCCCGACCUAUGGGCGACAGCUUGCCGAGCCAGAGAGUGACGACGAGUAUGGUGCUCAGUCUCGGGACCAUGAAGCGCCACGAAGGAAGCCAGGCGGUUAUGAUAGCCGCAUCGAGCAAAUCCUCUAUGAAAACCCCGAGCUUCCCAUCCUAAUCACCGAUGCUGGGAAGAGCACAGAAAGUGGUGGUAAAUACAUUGUUUACACUAUUAGAACAGGCGACCUCGAAGUUCGACGUCGAUACUCUGAAUUCGCAUCGUUACGUGAUGCGCUAACUAGGCUUCACCCAACUCUAAUCGUUCCUCCAAUCCCCGAGAAGCAUACUAUGGCAGACUAUGCCGCAAAUCCAACCAAUGCAAAGCAAGAUCAGCAGAUUAUCGACUUGCGGAAACGCAUGCUAGCAGUCUUCUUGAACCGCUGUCGACGUAUGGAGCAAGUGCUCAAUGAUGGGGUCUUAUGGAGAUUCCUGGACCCAAACGUCAGCUGGAAUGAGGUUUUGCAUUCACACCCUAUUGCGUCUAUUCCGAAGUCCAUUAUGAAAGCACCACCACUAGAUACCGCAAAUCCCACGCCGGCACACUCGUAUCUUCCAGUCCCGGCUUCCUCGGCCAGGCUAAAGACACCCGUGAACCAGCCACCAGGUCCCGUCUUCGAUAGCGCAGGCACAGUCGCUUCUCAACUCCUCCGUCGUUUUCCUCCUGAAGCCCAUAGCCUAAAUGAGCAGGAGCUAGAUCCCUAUUUCAUCACUUUCGAGGCUUCUAUCAAGGAACUGGAACAAGCACUGAUGGGCCCGAUGGAGAAGGUGAACCGGCGCACACUCAAUCACUUGAGUUCUCUAUCCACAGAUCUAUCUGACCUGGGCGCCAAGUUCAACGCCUUUGCGCUAUCAGAGCCCUCGCCCUCUCUCGCCGCGGCGAUUGAGCGAGUGGGUCAAGCUGCAGACUCGUCAUACAUUGCAACGGAAGAGCUAUCAAGUUCGCUCGGGGCGAGCUUUGCUGAGCCCAUGAGGGAAAGUGCACAGUUUGCAGGCGUAGUUCGAAAUGUACUACGGUAUAGGAUUUUGAAGAGGGUGCAACAGGAGUUGGCUAAUGAGGAGCUUGUGAAGAAGAAGGCUCUCUUGGAACAGUUGGAGACCAGUGAAGCCGAAGCAAAACGAAUUGACCAAUAUCUCAGCAGCAGUCAACAGUUCGGCGGGGGUAACCAGGCACAUCCACCUCGAAGGUCAUCUAGCAUGAAGGAAACCUCGACACACCACUAUAGGGAUGGCAGUGAAGACACGGCUUCUAUCGAUUCAGACUUUCCGCCUACUCAUGCCGAUGUUUCAGCGGCACCUUCAGCGAGGAUGGGAUUCCCCGAACGCUCAGCCUCUAUUUCGAACCAUAAGAAGGCCCCUAGUGGCAAUUCCAUCACCAACAAGAUCUUUGGACCGAUACGUCAUGCGAUUCAAGGUGUUGCUGACGUCGAUCCAGAGAGAACACGCCGUGAUGCUAUUGGCAAAACGCGAGAAAGUAUCGAGCAGCUUGAGCAGGCCCAGGUAGCAGCGGAACAAGAUGUGAAGGAUGCAAGUGCCAGCAUCUUGCAAGACCUUAAGAGAUUCCAGAGUGAGAAGGAAGAUGACCUCAAACGCUAUAUGCUUGCCUAUGCUAAGAGCCAGAUCGAAUGGGCCAAAAAGAACAAGGAGACGUGGGAAGAGGCGAAGGCUGAAGUUGACAAGAUUGAUGAGACGUAGAGCGUCCGAGGGCAGGAUUAGGAGUGGACCAACGAACUCGGUGAUUGGGAGCUAGGGUUGUACAGUGGACUGCGCUGUUUUAUAAAAUCACGAUGGUUUCCCUGAUUCGGAAUGGAUAAGUCAAUCAUACGAACAUGCCGCGAAAGAACUCGCGCGUGACCAGACUUCGGUUGACUCGUCUUUGCGGAGUUAGGGGUUCAGUGCGGUUAACUUUUAGGCUUUGUGUUUUGUAGUACGAUCUACACGAUAAAUCGAGUUCAUCGUUUAGUACAUGGCCUUGAAGCUCGGGGUUUACCCGAAAGGUAGGUAGAGAGAAUUUCAGAUUCUUGGGUACCACGCCUCAUUAGAAUCUUCCCUGGCAUGUAAAUGGUGUCACUCUAUUCUUAACUCCUUAUCCACCUACAUAGGUACCUUGGCACAUAUGAACAUUCCACGCCACAUAUAUACUUAUACAGCAAAGUCAAAGUUGCUUGCCUAC